GCCGGAGUAGAUUUGCAUAGCGGGCUGGAGUUGGAGUAUUGUGUGAUCGCGCUGAGGUUAGGGUGUGGCAGGUUCAUACGCAGGUCUGAAGCUUAUAGGAUACACACAGGGUUUCGUCAUAUACAAACUGCUGGCGGUUUGGAACAAGACAUCAUGGAGAAACUUGCAGCUUUUAUUUUCGUCCUGGUGUGCUGCACGUAUGUUGAGGGACAGACAACGCCGAAUACAACAAUAGCAACAACCAACGUUACGAAUACGACUGCUAGUGCUACUGCUGCAACAACUAACGGUACACAAAAUGCUACUACCGAAGCAAUGGCAACUACAGUGGUGGUAUCUACUGUGGUAGCAACAACACAACAGAAUACCACAACUGCAGCGCAACCAACAACUGGAGGUAAUACAACUGCUGCAGGUGCUACACCUGCAGGAAACACAACAGCAUCAGUGGCACCUACAGCUGCAGCAAGCACAUCUGUAGCAAGUACAGCUAAUAUAAGUACAGCUGCAGCAGCUACAACUCAGCUAUCUACAGAUGCUGCUGCAACCACCAAUGCAACUACCACGACCAAGAAAACCACUGUCAUGGCAACGACCACACCCCUUGUCACAACUACAGAAGUGGAUCUGUGCUUGACCGCUCCCUGCCAGCAUGGCGGCAACUGCUCGAAGGUUCCUGGUGGAUACAUGUGUGACUGCACUGGGACUGGCUACACGGGCAAGAACUGCACUGAAGACGUGGAUGAGUGCCAGACAGGUGGCCACAUGUGCGACGGCAACGCCACCUGCACAAACACUGUGGGAAGUUACAACUGCAGCUGUAACAGUGGUUACGAUGGUGACGGGAUGAACUGCACAGACAUCAACGAAUGUAAUGAAAUGAACGUUUGUCACCCCACACUGGCUACCUGCCAUAAUACCCCUGGAUCGUACCAUUGUGACUGCAAGGAGGGGCAGAUAGGCAACGGCACAUACUGUGAAGAUGUUGACGAGUGCGCCUUUGGUAUUGAUGCCUGUGACGUUCAUGCGACAUGUAAUAAUACAGACGGGAACUACACCUGUACCUGUAUUGCUGGGCACGAUGGUGAUGGUUUCAACUGCACAGAUAUUGACGAGUGCUCUACCAGCACCCACACCUGCCACGCCCAUGCCACCUGUGUGAACACUGAGGGGAGCUUCACUUGCGAGUGUAAUGAUGGUUAUGCCAGAAAUGGUACAGAGUGUGUAGAUGUUGACGAGUGCUUCCUUGGUACAGACGCGUGCCAGUUUAUCUGUGAAAACACAGACGGGUCCUACACAUGCAGGUGCCCCGAUGACUACAUACUUGAAGCUGACAACACAACCUGUGCGCUGAACGGGACAUGUGGGGUCACAUGUAAUAACCCAGCAUACUGCGUUGUGGGAGAGAACAGCACAAGCACAUGUGCCUGUCCGCAGGGCUAUGUCCUGGAGGGUGGAGUCAACUGUGAAGACAUUGACGAGUGUUCAAACAGUUCACUCCACAUGUGUGACCCUGACGGUGGUAGAUGCGUGAAUACGGAGGGUGGGUACAGCUGCGAAUGUGAUGCUGGGUUCACUCUACAGGCCGAUGGGACAACUUGCCAAGACGAUGAUGAAUGUACAACUGUGUGCAAGAACGGAGACUGUAUUAACGUGCCUGGGAGCUUCAACUGUUCCUGUAAUACUGGCUAUCAGUACAACCCAACAACUCAGAACUGUGAUGAUGUAAAUGAGUGUGAAGAGCAGGCAACAGACUGUGGUGAGAACCAGAAAUGUGAGAAUCUGAUGGGGAACUACACUUGUUCGUGUCUACCAGGCUUCUACAGAAAGGGCGGAAACUGUUACAAAGCAACGAACGCAUUCGAAGGUCAGAUUGAGUUUGAAGACACCUUCAUACCUGAACUUGCUGACCCUGCCACACAAGCAUUCAGAGACAAGGCAGCCUUGGUGGAGGCAGAGCUUGACAAGUUCUUCAGGCCAAGAUACACAAAUACUUUUGAAGGGGUUCAAGUGAAGGCUUUCAGAUCAGGCAGCGUAGUUGCUGAAUACGACUUGCUGUUUGCCGUGCCACCUGGCCAGACCGCCACCCUGACUGCUGAAAAUCUGCACACAGAACUGACCACCGAGCUGCGACGGAGCUGUACAACGGCUAAUGGACAGACGUUCUGCCAACUUGGAGACUUGAGUGGAGUUGAUCUUGAAGGAACCAGAGUUGAAGACCUGAAUGAGUGUGCCUCCCCCGAUAGCCACCAGUGCCCAGCCAACACUGACUGUGUGAAUAUUGACGGCGGGUAUCGCUGUGCCUGUAAAGCCGGAUACCAGCCUGACCCUACUCUACAAGCUGUGGAUGGGAAAGAGUUCUGCAUAGCACUGGACCCAUGUGAAGACAACCCGUGCCAGGACACUGAGUACUGCUAUCUGAAAGAAGACAGAACCUCAGAAUGCAAAGAAUGCCCGUGCUUGAACGGAGGAACUUGUGUGACCGUCCGAAGGGGUGACAAUUACCACUACUCAUGCAGAUGUCCAGGAGGUUACUCAGGAGAUGAGUGUGGAAGCCAAACAGUGUUCUUCAUCACCACCAUCGCCUGUGCGGCCGGGGCGGGGCUUUUCCUGAUCAUUCUGAUCAUCAUAGCCGUGUGUGCCUGCUGCAGGAGGAAGGACAAAAGUCAAAGUAAUGGUGCAUUGCAUCAUGGGGUUGAGUCGUAUGGGGAUGGAGGGUGGAGGCCGGGGAAGCUACGAGCGAACUUUGACCUAGACAAACACAUGGAAAUGCAGGAAACAGAGCCGAAGCAUCGGCUGAGCGGAGACGAGGCGGCGGACGGUGCCACCACGUUCGGGAGUGGACACACCAACAAGGCAGCAACCGGGGACGACGGCAAACAACUGGACAUGGAUUACUUCUAGCAUAUCUGGAGAUAGAUUAACAACACUAUCUGUCUUCUCACUAUAGUCAAUGGUGCCAAUAUUAAUGCUAAUGCUAGUUCACCUUAAUCUGGGGGUAGCCUAUAUCCGUUGUUUUUAAAAUCAGUAUUUAGGGAUGUCAAGUCAACGUACAGUGGUUUUAUAUGCAGUGGAUGUAGGUUAACCUGCAGAUAAAGGUGUAUUAGCAUUGUAUUCAGACACGUUGAUCUGUCAAUUUAUUUUCAAUGUUUUAUAACUAUAAAACUGACACUCAAGGCUGGUCUGAUCUACCUCUAUCUUGUUUUAAGUUCAAAUAAGAUGGCAGUGAAAAACUGAACGGUUUUCAUGAAAUGACGACCGGACCUUUUUCAGUGACAGGCUCCAAACCAGAAUUGCUUUCUUUGGUUUACAUGCAGGUUUGAGAGAAACACAUAGCAACUAGACAUAUUUUCUUUUUCAUUAUUUUGGUCAAAUUAUCUUUAAUUCUAUGCACAUUAUAAUCAGAGCUUCCAUAGGACUCACAUUUGAUUGACACUUAGUGUUACAAUGUUGAAUUCUAAAUGCAAAAGUUUCCAUUGAAAACACAGUCACGUGGUUACUACUUAAAGUUUCUGACAGCAUACAUUUUGCUUCAACCUGUCCUUAAGAGCUGUCCUUAUUAUUUCAUUUUUUCUGAUAGCAACUUUUCAAGCACAAUGAAAAUCUUAUUCUGAUUUUGGUUCGAAUCAUAGCUAGGUCCAGUGUAGCAAAAAUGAAGAAUAUUAGAGUUUCUUUUUCAAUUUCAUGCUUUAAAGACAGUUUUUCGCAUCUUACCCCUUUGUCGUAAUUGCUUAUAAUUCAAAGUCCAACUGGCACUUAGAUAAAUGGAAUGGGAAAAAAAUGUGCAAGUGUGCCAAUGUUUGGAAGUGACCAUUGCAAUAUCUACAGCUUUACAUGACAUGCCUGUAUCAUGUACAGUGUAGUUGGUGCAAAGAUAAUUAGCAGGUUGUUAAAGGAGUUAAACUCACUUUCAAAUUGAUUAUUUUGUAAAAGCUUCCCUAUGGAACACAGUUAAAUCAAUGGCGUUUUGGUGCCAACUUUUUCUUGGAGAUAUAAAAUCUGCUUAGCCAAAUAGUCUUGUUUAGAGGGUUUAAUGAUUGUACAGAUGAUAUAAAAUAUGCAAUGAUCUUUGGGGUGUCUUCCACAUGUGAAGCAAUGUAGCCAGGCUGUGCUAUUCACAUGAUAUCUGUUUUCUACGGUGAUUGGAUGAAAUCCAUGGUUUUACUUUGUGUGUACAGUAGUUCAAAAUUAUCUUCUUCCCCUGGUAACUGUCAUCUGUUGGUUAAGUCCCUGUGGAUAAUAUGUCAAGUUGUCAACCCCCUAUCCCACCUGGUUAGCAGUUUGUAAUGAGGUUUAAGGAGAUGGGAAAAGGUGUCACAAGUGCCAGUGUUACAGUAGUCCAUAUCCUCUUCUAAACUGUCAGCUGUUUAGUGAAGUCCCUGUAGAUAAUAUGUCAAGUUGUCAACCCCCUAUCCCACAUGGUUAUAGUAUAAAGUGAAGAGAUGGGAAAAGGUGUCACAAGUGCCAGUAGUGUAAACAUUGUACUUAGUGCCUGUGUCAUAGAUAAAAGUUGUACUUAGGGGAGAACCAUGUGAUAUUUUGAGGUGAAACUUCUUUGGAAUAGGCCUUUUAUUCCAACAUAUCAUACAAUAUUUCAGAUUAUUACAGUCAAAUGGUCUCUCCCCAUACCACAAUUUUUAAUCCAAAGUUCAUGCAGUGCCUUAUAGUAACUAAAACCAUUUUUAUUCCAACUAAUGAGAUUUUAGAGGGGACAUUUCAAACUUGAAUACUUUUUAACCUAAAAGAGGCCAAAUAGACAUAUAGAAAUUAUGUAUUUUGUAAAGUUUUGUUUAUUGACACAAUAUAUACUCUGGCCAUUCUAGUUUAUGGUUGUAAGGAAAUUUGUUAAAAACAAUAGUAUAGAGAGUCCCUGUUUUACUGCAUCAAUUUUGAAAUGUCCCCUUUGUACCAGUUGCAGGGCCAACUGGCAUUUUAUAGACAGUUUAAAUUUUGUGCAAAUAUCCUCUGAAUGAUGUUAGAAAUUGCUUUCCUCCAAUGAUUUGUUGUUUUACUGAAAUAUCGAUCCUCCUUUAAUUGUAACUUGUGGAAAUUGAAUGUUAAUUGUUAAACUGAAUUUAACAAUAAUAAUUUGACUUUUUUUCAUUUUCUGCUGGUAAGUGGCUCGCCUCUGACCAUGUAUUAACAAUUGUUAAACUUUACUUAAUCUGUCAUUUUACAUCUAGUGUCUUAAUCAGUCUUUAAAUUACAAAUAGCAAAUCAUUCAGGGAGAAUUUGACAGCAAUUCGACAUUGCAAUGUUUACUUACAGACAUCAGAUAGCAAACCUUGUGUCAUAUGUAAUAGUUUACACUUGUCUGUUGAUUCUGCAAGUAGUCUACUUUUAUAGUUUUUAAUCCUGGUUUAAAAAAAAAACUCCUUGUAUUUUGGGGGUUUAGCAUGCGCUUGUAGUUAUUGUUCCCUUGAGAGAAUGCAAAAGGAAAACUUUUCCUGCAUCAAAAGAUUUUGUUGGGGAGAGUGUGACUGUUUCCCAUGAUGCAUUUUUGUUUAGCUAAACUCUAUGUGCACAUGUGUUGUUAUGGUUUUUACCUUGUUGCAAAGAAUUAGCUAUGAUUAUAUAAUUGAUAAUGAUUAUAUUGCUUUAAUUGUUGCAAAGUGCCUCGCACAAGGAAUGCUUGCAAUAGAAAUGAUUUGUUCUUGAAUACAUCUUCAAAUCAGGAAUUCUAACGCUUUCUGUAGUUUGCUAGGGUGAUAACGUUAGUCUCUAGGAUUGCAUUUUCAAGUUUUAGUUUGAUUUUUUAAUGCUUUCUUUCACAUAGUGUUUUGACAGCAUGGUUGGUUGUGCACAAAUUUCAGAGAAACAUGUAAGAAGAAGAUGGUACUUUUGUUGAUAAAGUACAAAAUACUAUUUAUACUCUUGACACUAAAACUGCUUUUGGCAAAAAAAGUAAAUGAAGAAUCAGCGGUGUGGAAUAAGGUGAUGUUUUCAUGCCAUUGUGACAGAAGCAGCUGUACAUUUGCUGGUAUUUUGGUGUUAGUGUUGAAGAAAGAUGUAUAAAUUUGUCACUUUGGAGAUAAAUUGCAAUAAAGUUUGUUGUUUCCGAUUU